AUGAGUCGUAAGCCGGUGAAAAGCAACGUAACGAAAUCUAAAGUUGCAGCAAAGCCGUCACCACCAGCAUCCUCGGCUGUUGAGACACAAGUCAAAGUGGAAAAAUUCAAACAUGAUUGUGCAACGGAAAACUUCAAUUUAGUCUGGCUUGAUGAAAACUACGACGAGAUGAAUUCGAACUGCUCCGUCUUAACUGCCAAAUUAUCGACCAUCAUAAGAAAUCUGUAUAUUUUCAACGAUGUUGAUGAAUGUAUCAAACGUAUCAACAGUAUUCGAGAUCUGGAUGUAUAUCUGAUAUUAUCGAAUCCGACUGAAGAUGCUCUUGCUCAUACUCACCAAUUAGGCCGAGUGAAAGUGGUAUUUAUUUUCGAUGAUCGCAAUUCGUCGAAUCCAUCAUGGAAAGGUCAAUGGAAAAAAAGUACAAGGAAUAUACAAGGAUAUCAAUACACUCUGCCAGUUCAUCAAGGAAACGGCAAAGUAUUACGACGAGGAAUACAAAGAAUUUAG